GUGGAAUUCGACAACGCGAUCGCGUACGUCACGGCGAUCAAGAAGCGGUUCGAGCACCAGCCCGAGACCUACAAGGCCUUCCUCGAGGUGCUCCACACGUACCAGCGCGAGCAGAAGGGCAUCCAGGAGGUGCUGCGGCGCGUCGCGGAGCUCUUCCGGGACCACGCGGACCUGCUGCGCGAGUUCACGUACUUCCUGCCCGACGCG